AUGAUCUUUGCUUGCUUUCGGGUCAUACUCAUCUUCUUCUCUGUUGCCUGCUUGAUCUUAUCAUGCUUUGCAAUCACCGGUUCGUAUAAAAAUGAAAACUACUUAACAUCCACAUACCUCAUCAAUUUCCACUUGGAUGGCUUAGACUUGAGACAAAUCAUAAGCACAUCGGUUGGUUCAGGCAGUAACAAAAUAAAGAAAAGAGCACAAGACACUGAAGCAACAGCAACUGCAACUGCAACACCUACAACCACGACGGGAGGAUUACAACUACCAUCCCAGGUCAACUCAUGGAUUGGAGUAGCCACAAGCUAUAUCAACCAACCAGGCUUUAGCUCGGAAGUUGCAGGAUUGGCAACAUCAUUGGGAACUUCAAUCCCAUCAAGUAUUUCCAUCCCUGCAAGCAUCUCGCUCCCAUCAGGAAUUUCCCUCCCCUCAGAUCUCUCCAUCCCCACAGACGCUUCCGAUUUGACUGCAGCCAUUGCUGAUGUUCUAAACAAUGUCUCUCCACAGGAAUUGGGGAUUGCUGACGUAUACUCAACCAGUUUCUGGGGAUACUGCCGUGGUGAAAAAGUCGGUAAUGGAUCCGAACCAUUUGACAAUUCCUUGGGUCACUGGAUAGACAAAAACUUUGACAACUCCAACGUCAAUUAUACAUGGUGCUCUCCACCAAAAGCAGGCUUCUUCUUUGAUCCCUUGGAAAUAUUCAAACAAGAAAUGAAUAGAACCAUUGAUGACAUUAGUGUCGACACACAAUCCCAACAGAUUAACCAAUUAUCCCAACAAUACAAGACAGAAUUGAAGUUAUUGAUUGACAACUUAUCUGCACUGGACUUGAACUUGCCAGGUAAUUUGCAAAAUGACUUGACUUUACUAAACAACUUGACUACUGCUAGUUUUGCAUUGAUGUUGAUCACCGCUGCAUUAUCCUUCAUCUCAAUCGUUGUACAAUUGAUGGCAUGCUGCAUCUCACCAGACAAUUGCUGCUUAUCAUUCCUCAACUUUAUGUUUCAAGUGCUCAUCUUUCUCGCAUCCAUUAUUGCUGCAGGGUUAGUCACUGGGUGUUAUGUGUUUGUUAGAAGGAAAGUCAAUGACGAUUUAGGCGAAUUUGGAAUCAAGUCAUUCUUGUCGAUCAAUUUCUACGCAUUUGCAUUUUCAGCAGCGGCAGCAGCUCUAUUAGUGGUGAUUUUCAGCCUCUUGGGACACUGCUGUGGAAUGUUUGGAUCCGGAAAAAGGAGAUAUAGAACCGUGCAACAAGCACCAGCUUACGAGCACUCAUCCUAUGAAGAAAAAUAG